CGGCGGGCUUAGAGAUACAUACAGUAAAUCGACCGAUAGAGAGAGAGAGCUAAUACUAAUAGUAAUAAUCUUGUCGAGAAGGGAUACUUGUAUGGAUGGCUGCAUUUUAGAUACUAACACUAUGUCAUACGAGGAGGUCUUAGUGGCUGCGAAGCGGAUCUCCGACUUUGUGGUUCGAACUCCAAUUGUUACAAAUGCAACAAUAAAUAAAUUGACUGGUAGAGAAAUCUUCUUCAAAUGUGAAAACCUUCAAAAGACUGGAUCAUUCAAGGUUCGAGGGGCACUGAAUUCUAUGAUUUCUCUCAAGAAAAAUUGCAAGUCACUGCCAGGAGUAACAACACAUAGUUCUGGAAAUCAUGGUAUUGCUGUUGCCUAUGCUGCAAAGUUGAACAAUCUGCCAUGCUGUGUAGUCCUGCCAAACAUCACAUCAAAGGUGAAAGUUCAAGAGGUCAGGAAUUCAGAUGCAGAGGUCAUACUCUGUGAACCGACUCAGCUUUCUAGAAGGGAGGCAUGUGAGAAGGUGCAAAAGGAAAGAGGCAUGGCUUUCAUUCCACCUUAUGACCAUCCAGAUGUCAUAGCAGGUCAGGGAACAAUUGGGAAAGAAAUAAUGGAACAAGUUGAAGACUUGGAUGCGAUCAUUGCUCCUGUGAGUGGUGGAGGACUGAGUUCUGGGAUUGCUAUUGGUGCUAAAGGAAUCAAUUCAAAUGUCAAGAUGUAUCUUGCAGAACCAGAAGGGAAGGAAACUGAAAGAUCAUUAAGAGCAGGUGAGAGACUUUGGCCAAACCCACCCCAGUCACUGAGGAGUGUAGCCGAUGCAUUGACAACACAGCAGCUUGGCCAGCUCACUUGGCCUAUUCUCAAGGAGUUAGCAGAGAAGGAGGUUUUUACAAUGAAUGAUGAUCAAAUAAUAUCAGCAAUGAAAUUGGCUUGGGAAAAUUUGAAGCUUGUCAUAGAACCUGCUGCAGCAGUUGGUGUAGCCGCCAUUUUAUCAAACCAGAUGCAGCGAAUACCGCCCUCUGUUAAAAGAAUAUGUGUAGUUCUAUGUGGGGGAAAUGUAAACUUGGAUAACAUACCUUGGGCAUGUAGUUAGCCAUGGGAUGUAAAACAAAGAAUAUGAAGUGCAAAUCAACUGAUAUAUUUAUUUUACAUUUAUAAAUUGAUUAUUAAAUCUGAUGUAAUCGGUACUAUUACUUGGUACUUAAACGUCUGAUGAUUUGUUUGUUUUAGCUGUAAAGUAUCAAUUACAAUUUUAAUUGUUUUGUACAAAUUGUAAUUAUUAGACUAAGGGUAAAAAUGGAAGAUGCAGAGUUUCACGGGCAUGUGAUAAAUAAUGUGGUUGAAGUUGAUCUAUUUUUGUGUCUACCUCCCCUGUAAGAGUGAAUCCGGUGAAUAAUGGGAUGGGUCAUAAGUUUACAAAAUAUUAUGCCAUGCUAAAUCAGACCUCUCCUAGAAAGAAUUAAAAAGUCAAAAAUCUCUUACUUGUACAGUUAUUCAGUUGAAUUGCCAACAGAUAAAGCAUAGAUGAGUUAAAAGUAGCUGUGUCAAGCUGGGAACCUAUUUUUGUUUUUGUUAAGACAGCACAUUAUCAAUACUUCCAUUGACUAGUGUGUUUUAAUCCAAACUGUAUUACAAUAAUGUACAUGCUGUAUUCUAUCCACAGGGGGAAAUGAAUACUACAAACUAAUGGUGGCAGUUUACAAUAGCAAUUUUUAUUUACAUUAUUUCCAUAGAAGGUAAUUUUGAAAGUAUAAAUGAAGGAGGGUGAUGUACCAUUAUACAAACAGUGAGGUAUUUCCACAAACAUAUGUAAUGUUUGAUUUAUUUAUCCCUCCACCCUUAUGGAUAAUGGUAAAUAUCUACAGUAUACAUGCAUAACUUAUUUCAAGUUCCACAUUGUAUUUUUUUAAAUGAAAUAAAAUUCAUACACCGAUA